AUGAUAGAUCCUUUAGAGAACAACUUGUUUGAUCUUCCCGAUUAUGAGAAUACAGAAGAUGAAACGUUCCCACCUCUUCCACCUCCUGCCUCUCCAGGAAGAGAUGAUGUUGAAUGGGCUCAAGCUAAUGGAGAUGGAGAGCAGCCGUCACAAGCGAAGGAUGCUGCUGUAGCCCCACGGAAAGCAGUGAAGAGACCAAUGCCUAAACUAGAUGCCCAGAGGUUAAUUUCCGAAAGAGGACUUCCAGCCCUAAGACACAUGUUUGACAACGUAAAGUUCAAGGGUAAAGGGCACGAGGCAGAGGACCUGAAGACGCUCAUACGGCACAUGGAACACUGGGCUCACAGGCUGUUUCCAAAAUUGCAGUUUGAGGAUUUUAUUGACAGAGUGGAGACUUUGGGAAACAAAAAGGAAGUGCAGACCUGCCUAAAGCGGAUUAGACUUGAUCUUCCUAUUUUACACGAAGACUUUGCAACUAAUGAAGAUGAUGGAGGGGGAAGCAAUGGACUGGAUACAGCCCCUGAAGAUGUACGGUCCUGCUCUGGAAAGGCAGAACUCACGCCUCUCUCUGGUACAACUCUCACGGAGGAGCAACGAGAGCGAAUCAAGAAGAACAGGCAGCUGGCCUUGGAGCGCAGGCAGGCGAAGACGCAGUGCAACAGCCAGUCGCAACACGACGAGGUCUCCACUAGUUACUCAGAAGAGGAGUUUAAUACCCCGGUUGCUCAGGAUCCCACUGACCUUAUCGAAGACACUCAAGUCAUCGCAACUAAGGGUGCUGCUACAGGAGCUGGAGAUACAGAAUUGGAACGUGUCAGUGAAAAGCAGUAA